AUGGAGUUACACGGACGCCCCGACAGGGAUCCAGAAUUGGUCAAAUACCUAGCUCGAGUAGAGCAACUUGAUAGUGAGAGGAAUGGUGCCAAACGUGUUAGUGACGAUAAAUUGAGAUAUCGGCCCGAAGAUCUCGAGAGAGCUCAAAAACUGUUGAAUGGUGACUAUUUGACAUCUGAAGAAAGACCCAACGGAUCGAGAUUGCAGAAGUCCUCGGAAAUGGCUUAUAAGUCAGCGUAUAACUAUGAAAAGACUUUCUCACCUAAGCGAAAUAGAACAUACACGAACUUCUCCGCUCAUCGCGAGAGGAGUCCUGAGGCAUUGGGCUCGCAUGGUCACUCAGGCCGUACAGUCUCGAGGUUCGAUUCGCAUGAAUCUUCGAGACAAUACACAAUCUCAGAAGAGGACUAUUUGUUACUGAGGAAGUUCAAGCAAGGUCUGUUAGAUCUACCGCCAGCUAGUAACGAUGAGAGCCGAUUUGUGCCAUCACGCGGGAGACCUAGGGCUGUAAAAGAUGUAGAAGAUAGCAGCGAUGACGAAUUACGUCCGCCGGCUCUACCUAUAAGGCGCUCAAUGGCUCCCAGAACUCAUACAACCUCUUCCGAAAAGACGGCGCCUAUGAAACCACCGAGGCCUGCAGCACGAGCAGGUUCAACACAAGAAGGGCCAAGCUCGCCUAUUCAGCUGUCCACUUCAAAUGGUUCGCCCACUUUGGACGCUAGUCAAGCGUCCCGCGUUAAUCCUAUUCAAGACAGCAAAAUCACCACCAACUCGAAUUUGCAGCCUGAAGGUAGCUCGAAGCAGCCAAAAAAACCAACUUCGUAUUUAGACUCACUGCAAAAGAAUAAAGUUACUGUGACAACCCCUUUAAAAGCUGAGCCCAUUACACCGUCACCCAUCAAACCUGUUCGUCCUGUCCAGCCGUUCAUGACAUCUGCUCUUAAAAAUGAAAGUUCUGAGUCAUUCCACAAAACCAAGCGGCUCGCUAUUCCUGCCCAACGAAAGCAACUACCCGCUAAACAGACGCCUGGUGGCACUGACUUAGGAUUUGAUAGCUUCAGAUCUAAACUCAAAACUGUAUCGAAGGAUGGGGGCAAUCAACAUGAUACUAAGCCAACCGAGAACAACCCAGCAGCAAUGGAAUUCAAGCUUCGAGCUGUGAAGACUACAAAAAUGGCGCCUGAAGAGGAACAACUGGCCUUCAGAGGUAAAGAAGUUUUGAGACCUUCAACUACUACCUCCGAAGCUAAACUCCAAAUUCCUAAGACGAGGAAGGCAACGCCUGAAGAGAAGUAUCUAGCUCUAAAAGGCAAGGAAGCUCUAAGGCCUAUUCCUGCCGUUUCAGAAAGAAAAGUAUCAAUACCCGAGGCUGUCAGUAAGAAAGGAAAACUUAACAAAGCUCCUCCUAAACCCGAGCGCAAAAUUUCGAUGCCCGAGGCUGUAUCCAAAAGAAACUCCCUCGCCAAAGCGCCACCUAAACCAUCACGCAAAAUAUCCAUGCCGGAAGCAAUGAAACGCCUUGAAGCAAUGAAAGCGAGAGAGAAAUCGAAUUCUGCCCAUUAUGAUGCCAAGAAUACCAGCUCUUCGAAAGAAACAGAUGGAAAGCUAGAGGCUGUUCUUCUCUCUAAACACCUUUCUAACCGUGGAAGGAGUAAGACUACUCCUGACAUCGAGCCGAAGGGUAAUUUGCCUAUUGCGAUUCCUUUCAUGGCUCAGACCAAAGAUGCCAAGAUUGCUAAGAUGUUAAGACCAGCAGCAACAACAGACUUCUCUGAAUUGCAAUCAUCAAAUAAUGCCGAACUUACUCACCCAACAAAAAGUAGAGCUCGUGGACCUAAACGAAAGCCGCCGAAGGGCUUCUGA